AUGGAUUGGAUAGGAUCAUACCGUGGAGGGCAGAGAGGUGGUGAUGAGUGGCGUGACCCUUUCUAUGCAUCCCCAUUCACCGGCUUGUGGGACCCUUCUAACAACUACUAUGGCGGCGGUGACCAAACUUCUGCUCUUUCCCAUGCUCAUGUUGACUGGCGGGUGAGGAAAGAGGACCUCAAGGUGCAAGUGGAAGACGGCAACGUACUCCAGAUAAGCGGGGAGAGAGUCAAGGAGAGUGAGGACACCAACGAUAAGUGGCACCGCGUGGAGUGCCGCCGAGGAAGCUUCACGAGGCGGUUCCGCCUGCCGGAGAAUGCCAACUUGGAGAACGUAGAUUGCACUCUGCGGGAUGGAGUGCUGACUGUGAAUGUGCCAAAGAAGGUGGAGAGCGAGUCGCAGCAGAAUAAGAAUGUGAGGCAGAUCCAUGUGGCCUAG